CGUGAUUAGGUGCCGUAAAGUGCCGUUGCCGGCUGUCGUGAGGCAGAGCAUGGCUACUUCGCUGAUAUGUGCCGGUACUGUCAGCAGGGUGAGCUCUGUGCUGAACAGAGAUUCCAAGCAGUUUGGUAAGAAGCACCUGUUUGAUGGCCACGAGGAGACGUGCUGGAACUCCGACCAGGGGGCAAUCCAGUGGGUGCUGCUGGAAUUUCCUCAAAUGGUAAAAAUUUCAGAGGUGCGACUGCAGUUCCAGGGGGGAUUUGCUAGUACUGACUGCAGACUGGAAGGUUGUACGAAGAAUGAAGACAUGUUUACAAAGCUAGCUAAUUUCUAUCCAGAAGACAAAAACUCCACCCACAGCUUUCCCAUCCAUGGAGACCCUCUGGCCCACAAGCUAAAAAUAGUGUUUGAGAACAGCACAGAUUUUUUUGGGAGGAUCAUUGUUUACAAGCUGGAUGUCCUGGGAGAGAAGCUCUGACAUUCUCUGAAUGGCUUGAGAAAGUGAAGUUUGCCGAGUUGCCAAGAUGUAUACCACCUCCCAGUGGGUGAAGAGCAGUGCAAAUCAGGUUCACUGGUGGUGAUUUUCAGAGCAAGGUUUGAAUGUCUGGAUAUUUUGCUUUGUAGCCAUGAAAACACAUCAGGAUAAACUGAGUAUUCACUCUUUAUGACCUCAUUUAGCUGAACACCAAUAUCACUUUUGAAUUCUGGUGUAACCCAAUAAUGGAAGAUUCCAUAUUUAUGCUUUACAGCCAUCAUACAGCAUGUAGAAACCACAAAAAAAUUGUUUCUACUAAUUUUUUUUAUAAAUUUUUAUAGAGCACAUUUAUACUGACAAUUUAAAUGCUUUGACCAGAGAAUGACAAAACAGUGGGCUAGCUAUCAUGACUUAAACUAGCAGACUGGUUGUAUACAUUCAAUAAAUAUGCAAUGAACUAAAUAUUCAUGAUUGAGUGUCUGCUUUUAGCACUUUUACUGCCCCCAUCUUUAAUCUGAAACAAUCGUACAUUUUUAGAUACCAUUUUUGGUAGCAGGGCUUAAGUCAUUCUUGCUAAUUAUUUGAAUUGUCACUGACUAAAAAGAACAUUUCAAGAAUUGCAGGCAGGCUCAGACCAUAACUAAGUGCCUCAAGAAUAAUGUGCUGAAUAAAGAUUCUUUUUUAAGUCUUGGAUAAAAAUAUAAAAAAAUGCUUAACUCAUUUGAUUGUAUGAUUAGGUUGCAUUUAAACAGUUUAUAAAUACAGUAAAUAAAGAUUCUGAUGAAAAAGG